AUGAAAACUACGUAUGCUUAUAUCUACACAAACUACUUCAAUCCAUUCGAUAUAUCCAAAAAUUUGCUGAGUCUUGGUGAAAACUCUGAUGAUCAAGGUCAAUUUCAACUCACAGCUGUUCUUCAAGCCAAUAUGAUAUAUGUUGUCGUUAUAACAACAUCUUCUCGGAAUUUAAUGGGAAACUUUUCAGUUCAAGGAUUUGGCCCAAGCUAUAUCGGUUUCAAUCGUAUUUUGAAUACUCCAUCAGUUGUCCAAACAGUUUAUGCAUCGAAAUUGGCAACGAAUAGUUCAACGUAUUCACUUGAUUGUUCAAGUUCAAGUUCUUACUAUGAAGCGAUACAAGUGAAUGUUCGUAGAAGUGGUGUUUACACUUUCUUCAGCAAAAGCAAUAUAGACACAUACGGCUCUAUUUAUAAAGAUUAUUUCAAUCCAUUUAACCCAAUGGAAAAUCGACUCUUAUACGAUGAUAACAGCUGCAAUCAACGUCAGUUUGGAUUUAAAAUUGCUCUUGAGACUGGUAUUUCAUAUAUAUUGGUUGUAACAACGAAUGACUACCGUGAGCUAGGUGCAUUCUCGAUCUUUGUAUCUGGCCCAGAUAAUGUUGAUCUCAAGAAUAUUAGUAAGCGUUUGUACUACAACUUUUGA